UUUCUUCAUGACCAUUCUAUUUCAGGUUAUCCAUCGGCUCCAUCCUUUUCGCUGGAACCAUCCAUGUACACCUAUGAUCCGUCAUCAAAUUUCCACGCGGGAACGAUUACAUCCGGUAGGUGCUCACAUCGAAGUACUGGAGAUUUACUGAACUUAAGGGUGUUUUCAUUCGAAGGAUCUUUUACAGGAAAGCGUAAGAAGCGUAAGCGACGAGUUCUGUUCACCAAAGGUCAAACGUAUGAAUUGGAGCGACGGUUCCGUACGCAAAGAUAUCUGAGUGCACCUGAACGCGAACAGCUUGCCAUGCAAAUUCGACUCACACCUACUCAAGUCAAAAUAUGGUUUCAAAAUCAUCGAUACAAGACGAAGAAGACCAUCCAAGAAAAGGGCCUCAACCCUGGCCUUCUCAGCUCAUCACCAUCAUUCACGCCCGCUACUACCGCUUUUGCUACACGAAGGUACCUUUCAAUCCUUUUUUAUUUCGCUCUAUUCGAAAUCUCGGGAUACAUGGGAAGCCAUACAGAGCCAGGGGAUGUUCAAUCCACACCGAUCGCUCCUCAGAAGCUGUAG